AUGGGACCGUUCCCCCCUUCGUUCUCAAAUCAGUAUAUCUUGGUAGCAGUGGAUUACGGAUCAAAAUGGGUGGAGGCAGUUGCACUGCCAACAAAUGACUCAAAGGCAGUAAUUGGCGGGCAAGUUGAGGUAUCUAAUCAGCAGCUGAAGAGAAUACUCGAGGUCACUGUGAACUCAUCUAGUAAGGAUUGGUCUAAAAAGCUGGACGAUGCAUUAUGGGCUUACGGAACAGCAUUCAAGACCCCGAUAGGCAUGUCUCCAUACCACCUAUUGAAUAUGGACUUGAGCGCCGCCGGUGAAAAGCGCCUACUGCAACUUAAUGAGUUAGAUGAGUUUAGAAUGGAAGCUUACGAAAAUUCAAAACUUUACAAAGAACGAACCAAGAAGUGGCACGACAUGCAUAUUUAG